AGACGGUCUCUCUCUCUCUCCAAAGGUGGCCUUCGGUUUUGGUGCCUGGGAGAGACUGGGCAUAACCAAGGAGACCAUGUGGGCAUCAAGGCUGGUCCUCCUAGCUGUGACGACUGCUGCAUUUGGGGAGCUUGUCGGGGCCCUGAAAUGUUACAGCUGCCAGCAGCCCAUCAACGUCUCUGAGUGUACCACCAUUGUCCAGUGUGGCCCUGAGGAGACCAUGUGCAAGACGACUAUGUACUCCCUGGAGGAAGUGUACCCGUUCCUGGGAGAUGCUGUCGUCACAAAGGCUUGUUCCCAGAAGUGUGAACCCUCAAACGUGGAUGGCAUCGGCCUGACUCGGCCUGUCUCAUGCUGUAACCAAGACCUGUGCAACACGGGAGGGGCUGCCGCCCUGAGAAGCUUUGGAGGAGUGGUCUUUACUCUCCUCUUCUUCACCUUCCUCCUCUUAUACACUCGAAUCUAGAAGUACUAGGCUGGACGAGAGUCACCCC